CUUGAUGGGAUUUUUUUUUGCAAUUGAUGAGAUUAACAAGGACCCCAAUAUCCUUCCCAACAUUACUCUGGGCUAUCACUUGUUUGACACGUGUGGGUACAUUAUGAGGGCAAUAGAUUCCACCCUACAGAUACUGAGUGGUGCAGGAAUGUUGGGUGUUCCAAACUACUCUUGUAUGAAAAACUCUGAAGUCGCUGGUUUUGUGGGUGAUGCCACUUUCCCAUCAACACUUGCCGUGGCUGAGCUCUUGUAUAUUUACCAAUACCCACAGAUCAGCCACCGAGUCGCCGACCCUCUCCUGAGCGAAAGAGAAAAAUUCCCAAAUUUUUACCGCACCGUUCCAAGCAACUGGGUUUGGUAUGAGUUGGUUAUAGAAUUCCUGAAAAUGUUUGGAUGGAAUUGGGUUGGAAUCAUCACAUCCAGUGAUGGAACCGGAGAAACAGAAUUGAGGGAGCUGAGAAAAGAGAUGACCAGACAUGGGAUCUGUAUAGAAUUUGUUGUUUACCUGACCAGCGAUGUGGAAAUUAACAGAAGGAGGCUGCACAGAUACGUCCGGACAGUUAAGUUCAAGAACUGCCACAACCAAGACGUCAUGUUCAAUGAGAAAGGAGAAUUACCUAGUGAGUUUAUACUAGUAAACAUGGUGUUUUUUGAUCCUGAUACAAGCAACUGGAAUGUCGUAUUGAAAUUGGUUCAAAUGACUAAUGAUUUUAGUAAACGCAAGACAGAGGAGGUUGCAGAAGUAUCCUAUUGGAAACAGGGCAAGGUUCCCAAGGCUCGGUGUGGUUACCCUUGUCCUCCAGGAUCUAGGAAGGUUCCGACUGAAGGAAUCCAUAUCUGCUGCUAUCACUGUGUGCCGUGUUCUGAUGGGGAAAUCUCAAAUAAAACAGACAGCGACAUCUGCCACCAAUGUCCUGUUGACACGUUGCCGGAUAAGAGAAAAAUCACCUGUAUUCCCAAAACAUAUGACUAUCUCUCUUAUGAGACAAACAUCAUAGCUCUAGCUUUUUAUUUUAUCUCUAUAUUAUGUUCUGCGGAAACUCUCUCUAUACUGACACUGUUUAUUAUAUUCCGGGACACUCCAAUUGUGAAAGCCAAUAACCGGACAGUGAGCUUCAUCCUCCUGAACGCCAUCUUGCUGAGCUUCCUCUGCGUCUUCUUCUUCCUCGGACGUCCUGUGGAUAUAACCUGCAUGCUGAGACAAAUAUCCUUUGGGAUCUUCUUCUCCAUCGCUGUGUCUUCUGUUCUGGCCAAGACUAUCACAGUCUGCAUUGCCUUCAGAGCCUCCAAACCCGGAAGCUACUGGAAGAAGUGGGUGGGAGAGAAGACUUCUAAUUCUGUUGUCAUAAUCGGCUCCUCUGUCCAAGUUCUGAUCUGUGUUGUUUGGUUGUCGGUGUCUCCUCCCUACCAAGAGUAUGACAUGGACUCCUAUCCUGGGAAGAUCAUCAUUCAGUGUAAUGAAGGGUCAGUUAUCGGCUUCUACUCUAUGUUGGGUUAUUUGGGGUUUCUGGCAGCUGUGAGUUUUCUUCUGGCUUUCAUGGUGAGGACAUUACCGGACAGUUUUAAUGAGGCCAAGUACAUCACCUUCAGCAUGCUGGUGUUCUGCAGUGUCUGGAUUGCCAUGAUCCCGGCCUAUCUGAGCACCAGAGGGAAAUACAUGGUGGCUGUGGAGGUAUUCGCCAUACUGACCUCCAGUGCUGGAUUGUUGGGAUGUAUAUUUUUUCCUAAAUGUUAUAUAAUUAUCAUACAGCCUCAGAGAAAUACAAGAAAAAAUAUUUUCGAUAAGGUCAAAUCAUAA